GAUGUAGCGUGUCGCAAGCAGACGAUUGCAUCACAGUCUACCGAGAAGUGAUGCGGUGCCCACUGCCCACAGCUGCUAGGAGGAGCCGGGUGAAGCGCACUGUAUUUCACUUUCGCUAGGCUACUCCGAUAGUCAGUCGCCGCAUUGUACUGUAAGACAACAAUUUAAAAACGUAGCUAGCUAAUUUUAACUCCGGGGGGGUAACAUCUGUGUGGAGAGGCAAUAAUCGUUAUUUCGCAGAAGUAAACCGACCAUACAUUGACAGCGGCACGAACACAACAAUGGCCCUGAAAAGAAUUCAUAAGGAGUUAAAUGAUUUGGCUCGUGACCCUCCAGCACAGUGCUCCGCAGGACCAGUGGGAGAUGACAUGUUUCACUGGCAGGCUACAAUAAUGGGACCUAAUGACAGUCCGUAUCAGGGCGGCGUGUUCUUCUUGACCAUUCACUUCCCCACUGACUAUCCCUUCAAACCACCAAAGGUUGCAUUCACCACAAGAAUCUACCACCCGAACAUCAACAGCAAUGGCAGCAUCUGCUUGGACAUCCUGAGGUCGCAGUGGUCGCCAGCACUCACCAUCUCCAAAGUCCUCCUGUCCAUCUGCUCACUUCUGUGUGACCCAAACCCAGACGACCCACUAGUGCCUGAGAUCGCCCGCAUCUACAAGACAGACAGGGAAAAAUACAACAGAAUAGCCCGGGAAUGGACACAGAAAUAUGCAAUGUAGUCUCAAGGCAUAACACCAGAGAAUCUGCCUUUUAUAUUCGAAGGCUUGGGGAGCUUUGAACGAAAAGAGGGAAAAAGUCUUGUUGGUUUCCAUCGGAGUGAUUUCUUUGAGCCACACCCUCCCUCUCCCUACGCACUUCACCUCCAUCCUCCUGCCUCACCCUCUUCAAAACCUGUCCAGCUGCGGUGUUGUACAUAUUUCAGAUUGCAUAUUGUAUACCCCACUGUCUGUUUCUGCCACUAUGUCCAACGGCACCCAUGUAGGACCACUCUUAUUUGAUUCCAAGAAGCAUUCCUUAUAAUUUUUUAUGAACCCAAGGUUUGCUUUCCCAAGAUAGAGUUUUUUUUUGUCUUUUUAAAAAAAAAACAUUUUUUAUUCUUUUUUUUCCUCCCUCUGUGCUUCCAACUAUCCUGUGAGAUGAUGGUAAGGGUGGGGAGAGAUGGGACUUGGAGAGUGUUUUUGGCUAUGAUAAGAAAUAGCUUUCAAUCUGUCACUAUGGUUCUGGAAACCUCUAGGGGACUUUUUCUGUUUGGCUACGGUAUGCCCAGGAUCCCGCCUCAGCCCCACCACAAUAUUAAUCACUGUCAUUAAGAUGAUAGUUAAGUACCGGUGGACCCAUCCACACUGUAUGAAGUGGGACAAUAGAAUAAUGAGACAGCGAUCUAUUGAUAGCAGUAUCUGAAUAUAACUUCCAAAUUACUGUUUUCCCUCAACUUAGUCAAAUGAUAUACUCCUUGUUGUUUUUGCUAAAGAAAAAAAAUGGUGCCCUUUUAGAUCGCCCUUUGAGCCUUCAUUAUAUAUUUUUUCUCUCAAUGGUGGAAAGUCUUUCUUUUUGGUGUAGGUCUGAUUUGGAAACAGCCAAUGUUAGGCAGAUAAGUUGGGUGGUACAUGUAGUUUGUGACUGAAAUGGUAUUAAUCCAGCUUGAUCGUCCAUUUGAUCUAGCCUGAAAGGACAAAGACUUGACAUUAGUAAUAAAUAAUUUUUGAAGGCAACUUCACAAGACAAGCUCUAAAAUGUUUUAAGCAACAGUAGCACUAGACUAGACGAAUAUGAUAAGAGUUGAACUGUCUACCCUCAAGUGGGCUAAGUUGAAGGAAACAAUCUGGGAUGUAAUUUUCAGUUAUUUUCAUUAAAAAAUAAUUUAAAAAAGUGAACUCAUUAUUCUGUAUUCACACUUUGUAUAUUUGAGCUGCCAUUGUUGACUUAGCUCCAAUGACUCAUUGGCUGGAUCUCAGAACCCUGGACUCAAGGACUUGAGUUCCAGACCGACAAACUUCUGUAUAUUUAAUUACCCAGGAGCUCAUGGAGCUUGUGUUAAACUGUGUAAUAAACAUGAUUAUUAAAGUU